CAGUGUGUGUAUGGGGUCCACGCUUGAUCAAACUCCUGCAGUCGGUAGAUCGGGAUGAGAACAGGACUCCAGCAGUCCUACUCAAAUAAAAGACUAUCGCAUACGAGAGAUUGAGAUUAUGAAGUUUUAAGGGGCAUGAUCGUUCAUCUGUCUGGCUAGGUGGCUAACUGCUUGAUCUAAUGGAAAGACCAUCUGAGUUUGUCUGAUGUGAGUUUGUGAGCUGCAGCGCGGCUGGAUACAAUGUUUCUCGUAUUUCUUUCACCGGAGCGUUUGACGCGCUACAAAGUAACAACAUCAAAGCAGCCCGAGUGCUCCAGCCUGAAGAAUGACACAAAGUACCGGUAACACAUCCAGAUAAACAGAAGACAAGACUGAGUCCAGAAACGCUCUCAGACCUACUUUAAUGUGCAUUUGUGGAGCACGCUCCAGAGCCAUGGCGUUGAGGAUGUCGUAGCCCUGCAAAUACUCUGCAAGGGAGGACUCUGCUAGUUUCCCCCACUUUGGAAACUCCACGUCAUGAGUCUGCACCAGUGAUGGAGAUCCAUUGAGUCCUGUCCCUGAUUCUUCACUGCCCUUUCCCCCUUUACCCCUGCCCUGCCUGGCAAGUCCACGAACAUGCUGCGCUUCCUUCCUCUCAAGCUCGUCCGUUUGUACCGGUGUUUGAAGCUUCUUUUCGUCGUGGGCCUGUUUGUUAUCUUGCUUAUGAACACGCACAAUCUCUUCGCCUCUUUCCAAAAGAACGAACUCACCGAUCGUCGGUUCAUUAACCUCAACAAGUGUCCGGCCUGCUUCGGUACCAGUUGGUGUCGUAAGUUUAUGAACGGACAAAUAUCCUUUGAGACUUGGGGUCGCCUUCGCUUCCUUGAUGUCUUCAAUGUAAAAAACGUGUUCUUCGCCCAAUAUGGGGAGCCUCGAGAGGGUACGCGGAGGAUCGUACUCAAGCGAUUGGGUUCUAAUCAAGAGUUAGCUGAUAUUGACCAGAAGAUUUGCAAGAGGGCAACGGGGCGUCCUCGUUGCGAUCUCAUCCAGGCCAUGUACAAGACUGAGUUCGCCAGACUCAAUGGGGACGUCAGACUCUUAACUCCAGACGUUGUUGAAGGCUGGUCAGACCUUGUUCAUUGUCCAUCACAGAGACUGCUGGACAGAAUAGUCAGGAGGUACGCUGAGACAAAGGACUCUGGAAGCUUCCUGCUUAAGAACCUUAAAGAUACAGAAAGGAUGCAGCUCUUGAUGACCUUGGCUUUCAACCCAGAGCCCCUAGUGCUUCAGAGUUUUCCAUCAGAUGAAGGCUGGCCAUUUGCGAAGUACCUGGGUGCUUGCGGGCGGAUGGUGGCGGUGAACUAUGUGGGCGAGGAGCUUUGGAGUUUCUUCAACGCUCCCUGGGACAAAAGAGUAGAUCUGGCCAAGCAACUGAUGGACAUCGCUGAGCAGCUCACAAACAAUGACUUUGACUUCGCUCUCUAUCUGCUGGAUGUCAGUUUCGAUAACUUUGCCGUGGGCCCGCGCGAUGGGAAAGUCAUUGUGGUGGAUGCAGAGAAUGUGGUGGUGGCUGACAAGAGGUGGAUCAAACAAAAUAAACUUGAGAACUACGACGUCUGGUAUGAGAGCAAGUUUGAGGACUGUGACAAGGAGGCCUGCCUUUCCUUCUCUAAAGAUACGUUGUGUUCACGGGUGACAGUGGACCAUAACUAUUACGCAAUCUGUCAGAACCUGCUCUCGCGAUAUGCGACGUGGCGGGGCAGCUCUGGUGGGCUCCUUCACGACCCUCCACCACACAUAGCCAAAGAUGGCCAGCUUGAAGCUCUGUUGGACGAGUGCGCCAACCCCAAAAAGCGAUACGGACGCUUCCAGGCAGCUAAAGAACUGCGCGAGUACUUAACCCAGCUCAGUGGCACCGCUAGGUAAUGACGGGCCAUGCCCUUCAGUGCUCAACCUCAACCUGUCAGUGUCAGAUGAUGUCAUCAGGGUUUGGGGAUUCCCACUGGAGGCACGAUAAAGAGAUACAGAUUUGUGGACAUCCAUCUUGAAGGUCUGACAUCUGGGCAAAAGAAUGCUUUGAUUUACAUUAACUCUAUUUCAGACCAGUUGUCCAUCACUAUCACCACUUCUGUGUAUAUUUUGUUUUGCUUACAUUAAUCUUUAAAUUAUUGAAGAGUCUUGGUUUUGUUGCUUUUAUUCAAUGAUUUAUUUUGCAAUAAAGGCUGAGGUUUACACCGUUAUUGUUAAGCUAGAAGCAUACUUUAUGCAAGUACAUCAAUUUAAAGGUUUAACCAAUGCAUUGCAAGCAGAUGUUAUUAUUCAGGUAGCUAGCUAUAAACUCUGGCAAGCCAAAUUAACUUUAAAUCAUGUGCAUAUGAAUUAUAGAUAUAUAAAAUACAAAUAUUUCUAGUUAAAAAUUCAAUUUUUUAUAUUGGCAAUGGAAUUAUUACUAGUGAAAAUGGCAAAAAAAAUUGAUAUCGGUAAUUACAUUUGCACUUGUACAAACAUAAAUUAUCAACAAUUAUAUCAUAACUUACAGAAAUAAACAUUCUUGAUAUCAAAAAUUUUAUUUCAAUUAGAAAAAAGAAAGUAAAAGAUGUUUCAUUCACUCUUGUUCAAAAUGCAAGUUAAAAUGCUAAAUACACACAUCAUCUAUGUACUUCUUACUAGUAGAAUAUUUUUACAUUUUAAAUUGUUUAAAUAUUUUGACAUGUUUGAUUUGGUAAUUCAGAUAUCUAAUUUAUUGAUAUAUGUAAUCAAUUUCCAGAGUAAUUAAAGAUAACAUAAAAUGCUUUUUUACUAGCUACAAUAACAUUAUAGAAAUCAUUACAGAUAACAUUACCACCAAAUCAAAAAUAAGCAUUUUUGGUCUUUGUAAUUCAACUGUUGAUAUCAUGAAUGGACAUGUGCUCUCGCAAAAAUGUAAUUAUUGAAAUAAAAAAAUUUAUAUAAUUUUUACUAGUAAAAAGUACAUAUGUGUAUUUAGAAUUUUAACUAGUAAGAAAUUAUUUAUAGAUAUCUGUAAUUACAUUUUGAAAUAGGAUUCAAUGACAGAUCAUUGUGAAAUUCUACUAGUGAAAAUGCAGUUACAACUACAAAAUAAAUGUAAUUCCCAGUUUGAUAUGAAGAACGUGUAUUUCCAGCGAGAUAUGACGUAAUUUUUUAUAUUAAGAAUAAAAGACUUUGCUAGUGCUAGCUACCCUAGUAAAAGUUGAAUUAUUUAUAUUAUUCAUAUCCUGCAAGUAAUUAAAUGUCAAAAGGAAUUGUGAUAAUGAACAUGUAGUUAGUUUAAAGCUGAACUGUGCAAUUUCUUAACCACUAGUGUCACUAAACGGAAUUGCAAUUAAUGACCCAAACGUUCACCCAUAACCCCCCCACACACACACAAACCAUGUUACACUUUCCUAAAAAUAUAUACAUUUAAUUUUUAAUUAAACCUGCAAGUAGCUUACUUAAUGUUGUCUCUUAUUUAGUUGCAAUAGAAGAAAAUAUUUUAACGUUAAAAAAAGUUACAUACUUCAGCUUUAACUAACUUCAGCAAAAUUAUUUUCAAUCUGUUGCUCCGCCAUGUUAGCAGUUGAACUGAAAGAGAAGAAGAAUAUUAGAAUAAGACCGUUUACACCAAUGCCAACUAUAGCGCCCCUUGUGACAAUGUUGAGAAUGCAACACAUACUUGAGUUACAUCACAAAUUGCGGUCUGACACAUUUCAGAUUGUAACAUCUCUCAGAAUCAAUCUAAUGUAGAUGGAAGCCUCAAGGUUCUUGUACUUGCCCAAGUAUGUUUGGGGCCUUAACAUCUUGCAGUUUACUCUGCUGGAGGUUUACUUGCAAAAUGUAGAUACUCAGAAAGGCAUCUGGUAAGAGCAACUACAGUGAACCCAAAAAGUAUUUGGACACCGAUAAUGGUGUGAAUAUCAUUGUGUUAGGUACAUAAUAUUAAACCAAGUGGCAUCUGCUAAGAAAUGAAUCUAGACACUUUCUCAGAACUUCACUUUUUGUUUUUUUGCCAUUUUUGCUGUUCUUUUUAAUUGGUUUUGUGGAUUUUAGUGAAUGUAUAGUCAUAGUUCAUCAUAUUAACUGUUGACAUGUUCCACUAACAUUUAACAACCAGAUAGUGUCUUUCAUCUUCAUUUUGAAGAGUAUGUCUUAUGUUUUGUAAUUGAAAACCCAUUGAAGUUUGUGUUUUGAAAUGUUUUGAUUGAAACGUGUGCUUGUGUUGUUCCAAAUACUUUUUGGGUACACUGUAUGUCUAAAACUUGUCAGAUAGUGUCUUCUGGGCUAAUUAAUUUACUUACAUUCCAGAAAGAAUGGGUUUGGCAUAGUGUAGUUUUAAAAUGCUAGAGAAAUCUGUACAUAAUUAGAAGGGAUUGGAGGGGAAAUGAGUUGGAAUUGCUUUGCAUAUACCAAAGAGUCUGGUUCUAUGUAACUCAAACCUCUUAAUUAAAGGGGCAGAGCCUCUCUGUGAAAUUGAGCAUGUUCAACCCAUCAAAAUUACCCUAGAGAAACUUCAUAAAUGCACUGAGACUUGUCACAAAGAUUUGUGUUUGUAUUAAUCAAGCAAAGUCCAUGAAGGGCCAUGAUAAAUCCAAAUUUUGUAUUGCUCUUAAAUCGGAGCAGGGCCCAAUAAUCUACUGGCACAGGAUAUGUUGUAGCAUUAUAAAACUUCCUAACCUGGGAAAUUGUAUCCACACAGGCUAAAAAGGGUCUUUAAAAUCCAUCUUUACAUUUCAAUUUUACAGCUCUGCAAUUGAAUAAAUCAACAUUUAAUGAAAUGUCUCUAACACUUAAGAUCAUUUAACUUUGAGCCAUUUUUCCACCCUGGUUUGAUUUUGCACUUGGUGGACCGAAGAAUUAGAUCAGUAUGCUAAUGAGGAUGCAUUAGAUAAAGAAGUGUACAAGUGCUUGACUGACAGCAUCACUUCGUUGAGUCUGGAGUUUGAAAGCUAAUUAAUGUUUCUGCCAGAUCAAAUUAAUAAAAUAAAUUCCGAUUUUAAUCUUUGUAUUUGGGUUCUGGCCAUGCAGGCCCUCAACAGUCAAAGCAAUAAGUGUUGAUCACACCGUUAUGUCAGAAGUUCCCCUGCUCUUGUCCAAUCUUCACCUGUGACUGGAUGGCCUCUCUUUGAGUGUUGGCACGUAAGAGAUAUUUUGCGUGCAUAAUUAACUGUACGCUUUUGUACUGUAAUUAUAUUUCAGUUGAGUAUUUUAUCAGCUGUGUCUGAUUUUACUGUGCCUUUCAUUCAGAAGUUGUAUUUACAACUUUUUAGUCUGUUUAAAUAUCAAAUAAAUGAAUAUAUAUAUAUAUAUAUCUAUAUAGAUAUAAAUAAACUACGUGUUUGUUGUCUGUUCUGUUUGUUCUGCCAGUGGCUGCAUUGAUAAUCAGAAGACCUUAUUUCAUAUCUGAUAACAAUAGUGUAACUGAACAGAAAUGGAAGCCAUUGCGCUAAUACUUGUAGUAGCAUUACGUCAUCUUUCAUUCCAUUACCGGCAUCUCAUCCAGUCAUGAUCAAGCCUAUGCCUUAUAAGGUACCACAGCUGUCUCUCAAUGUUUGUAUACUGCGUUGCUUUCACCUACCGCCAUCCCAACACCACCAGUUUAGGUCCCAUCCUGCUGUAAGGGGUAAGCUCCCCUCCCCUGCCAUCAUUGCCUUCCAGCAGGAUCUGAUGGUUUGAGCGAGAGUCCAAGGGAAACAAAUCUAUCACUAAAUUGUGUUAUUUCCUACUAUCAAGUUAUAUGUGAUAAAUGCACUACAAUAUGUUUUUAUAGGAGACCAAUGUACUUACUAUCGCCACUACUAUGAUCUGCAAACCAAUUAACAAUAAAUUGUA